CUCCCCCUACCCCACGACACACGAAACGGAAUCGGAUUUUGAGAAACACACACGGUUUCGCCGCAGUGUAAACGAGCGCGAAUAAAACGGCUGAAUUUAGUGUUUGCGGACUCACGCCGCCUGCUAAAGGCGUGUGAAAAGUGUGCCGGACGUUGCCUGCACUUCAUCGAGCAUCGAGUAUCGUUGCGAGGGCAGCAUUUAACCUCGAAAAAGUGGUUCCAAAAAACCCGUCGCCUCUGUCAUACAAUUCCGUGUGCCAGCAGCACUCGUGCGUGUGCGUAUGCGUGUGUGUGUGUGUGUUUUCCGUCCUGCGUCCGUGCUCCCGGUGUUUCGACCGCCCGGCCCCUGUCCGACUGUUUCACUUACACAAACGCGCCUCGAAAGGGCGCCAUAGUCUCCCUCUCGCUCUCUCUCACACACUGCUUCAGCCGCACACAGUCCGUCGGUGUGUGUGUGUGUGUAUGGUUGACGGUUGGUAGUGUGUGAGUGUGUUUUGUGUACGUCGAGAGAUGUGUGUGCACAGUGUGUGUAGCACGAUGGAGAAGAACGUACGUGAGCCGCAUGCUCUUGGUCGUCGUGGUCGUCGAGCGCUUCAAUAGCGAAAAACGCGUGUGUUUUGUCGCGUAUUUUGGGGACGAAAAUUUCAACCAGAACGGGAAGCGACGGAUGUGUGGUGACAGUGCGUACCGAUCGGGGUACAACAUCUCGUCGUUUGUGUGGCGUGAACCGGCCUUCAAACCCCACGGCAGAGGGGAGAGAAACGUUCCCGCAAAAAGGUUCCGGCUACGACGUGCGUAUGACAUUUGUCCGGACGACGAAGACGACGUAAAAGUGUUCGAAGCGACGAGGUGUUUGUGGGAAGGGAAUAGUCCUUGGUGUUGUGCGCAAGGAGAAGGGAGUCAGAUCGCUGACGUCCGCAUGUGGUAAAAGCAGCAACAAAAAAAACGAAUUUUGGAAUUAACCCUUCCCUGGACCAGAUCCGUGCUGGUGCGGGGAAUAACACGGCGCUUUAAACUGCUGAACGUGUGGUAGAGCAAGGGCAUUCGGUGGCGCUCGCGCGCGCGUGUGUGUAUGUGUGCGUGUGUGUGUUUGUUGGUAUUGGUGGAAGGGCGGUGAAAAAGUACCCAAAUUGCAGUCGAAACGCAGAACGGCGCGUUUCAGUGUGACAGGUGAAACUUUCCCUAGCGAGAGGCAACAUCUCACGGGCCCCCACUCCCCCACUCCGCCUGCCGUAGCACCGUAGUGGCCUGUUCCCGGUUGCGGUACUGGGACAAACUCACACCCCCUCCUCGCCUCAUCCCCAUAGCCCCCAGCAGUGUCGACGGCAAUGCCCAUCCAAAUGGUUUGCGAUUCGACACCAUCGCUUGUGAGCGCAGCAAUACGGGAUGCGUUGCACUCGUCGGGCGGCACAACAAAUGGACGAACGGGCGGCGGUCUGAGCAACGGGGUCACAAUGAACGGAACCACCGGAUCGUCCAGCACACACACGGCGGCCACCAACAAGCAGCAGCAGCAGCAGCCGUUCCGGCGGACGGUGCCGGCCCUGCUUGACAGCGAGCUCGACCAGCAGCAUGGCGAGCUGGAGGACGACGGAGCGAACGAUUUGGUGGAAUCCAUCAGCCAGUCGCUGCGCCAGGGACAGCAGGUGAAGCCGAUCACGUACGAGGAAGGUCCCAGCUACAACACCAGCCUGGACAAGCUCAAGUCCAAGUACAUCGUCCUGAAGGCGACAACACCGAACGACAGCAGCAGCGGUGGAGGUUCCCUUGGCAACUCCUCGUCCUCCUCCGGCUCAUCGUUCGGUGCUGGACUGUCGUCGAAAGCGUCCGCUGGUGGAGCGCCAAACACACAUCUGACCAUGAACGGCGGCGGUUCGCUGAAGUUCUCUGCCUCCCAAUCACCCAGCGCGGCCAAAUCGUCUGCCAAUGUGCUUCAGCAACAAAAUGGCGUCCCAGCCUCCGCUAGCAGCACUGCCGCCGGAAGGAUGGACACCAACACACUGCCAACGCCGAAGCGGACGCUCUUCCCGCGCGAAAACGUCCAGAUCGGAUGGAAAACGACCGGACGCAAGUGGCUGGUGGGAGCCGGUAUGAUGAACAUGGGCAACACCUGCUACCUUAACUCGACCCUGCAAGCCCUGUUCCACGUGCCGGCGAUCGCCAACUGGUUGCUGUCGGAUGAGCCGCACCGGGCCAAAUGUGAUGAUGGCGGUUCCGGCGGUAGCUGCAUUAUCUGUGCGAUGGCCAAAACGCUGCUCGAAUCACAGUCCAACCAGACCGCGUUCCGGCCCUACCUGGUGUACUCGAAGCUGCGGCUCGUGUGCAAGCAUCUGGUGCCGGGCCGGCAGGAGGAUGCACACGAGUUUCUGCGCUAUCUGGUGGAGGCGAUGGAAAAGUCCUACAUCGGCCGAACGAAGAACAGCAAGGAGCUGGACCAGUACAGCAAGGAAACGACCCCGCUGAACCAGAUCCUCGGCGGAUACUUGCGGUCCGAGGUGAAGUGUCUGUCCUGCCAGCACGUGUCGACCACGUUCCAGCACUUCGAGGACCUGCUGCUCGACAUCCGGAAAGCGAACUCGAUCGACGAGGCGCUCGAGCUGUACUUUGCCCGCGAGCGGCUCGAGGAGAUGGGGUACAAGUGCGAGGCGUGCAAGCGGCGCGUCGCCGCCACCAAGCAGUUCUCACUCGAGCGUGCCCCGUUCGUGCUGUGCGUGCAGCUGAAGCGCUUCUCGAUGCUCGGUGCCAAAAUCAACAAGCACGUGGAGCUGCGCUCCAAGCUGGACCUCACGCCGUACUCGUCGCCCGCCAUGCGCUCGAACGGCGGCAAGCUUACCUACCGGCUGACCUCAAUGGUGACGCAUCUGGGAAGCACGCAGCACUGCGGCCACUACACCGCCAUCGGGCACACGGAUGCGGGCGGGUACCACGUGUUCGACGACAGCUCCGUGCGCCCCAUCGGCAUUCACAACGUGAUGAGCACGAACGCGUACAUACUGUUUUACGAGCUGGAAAGUGUGGCGGCCGGUGCGGUCGGCCUACCGAACGGGACCUGCCGGCCGAAGGCCACCGUCUCCGUGGGGCAGCCGAGCAGUACCGCCACGCUCACGUCGAUGGGCCACCUGAGCAACGGGAGUACGCCGACCGGGUUCGGCAGUGGUUCCGCCGGUGGCGGGAGUACUAGUGGGGGUGGUGGAGGGAGUGGUGGCACGCCCGGAAAAGUCACUAAUUCAUCGCCACUCCGGGUGCUCGGUACUGGCGGCGGCAAUGGAGCUGCUGGUGGCCUCUUCCCGAGCAAGCUGGAGCAGAAGCCGGGCUUUAUUGGGCCAGUGCUACCAACCGCGACGACGAACGGAAGCAGCAGCAGCAGCAGCAACAUCCACCACCCCUCAGCAACCGUCACCACCGGCGGCAGUAGUAGAUCAGCAGGCGGCGGCGGGAGCGCUGGUGCUAGCGGCAACAGUGCCACGGCUGCCGCCACCAGCGUAACCUCAUCGACCAGCGCUUCCGGCAGAGAGCAUGCCCACUUUUCCUCACCCUCGUCGACCGCAUCCACCCUGUCGAAUGCAUCGCCGCUCUGCUCGCCCCUGAAGCACCACCAGCAACAACAGGAGACGAUGUCGGGCGGCAGCAGCAAAAUACCCAAACUGCCCGACAUCAAUGCGCGCAGUGCGACGCCCCUGAACGGUGUGCAGCACGGUGAGGCGAAGGGAAAGUCCCUCUCUACUCCACUGCUUGCCUCGAUGCCGAAGCUGCCGCUCAGUUCACCGAGCAAAUCGUUGGACAACGGCAACGGCUCGACCGGCUCGGCCGUGAUCAGUCUGGUGCCGUACGAUAGCGAUGAUACCAGCAGCACCAGUGAGGACGACGAUGUGGACGAGAAGGCGCACAGUAGAGCUACGAUCGCCGGCAAAUCGCUCGUGCUGACGAAUGGUGGCGCCAGUGCAGCGGCCAAACGUGCCAAGCCGCACAGUAGCGCCCCAUCGUUGUUUGCGAACGGCAAACGCAGUGCUAAGGAUGAGCAAGACGAAGAUGACGGGGACGAUGACGACGAGGAGGAGGAGGACCAGGAUGACGAGGAGCGGACCAGCACGUCUUCCUCCCGCUCGCCACAGAUGAUCAAAACCAAGGCAGGUCUUUGGAAGGUCUCCAAGAGCAGUACGGCCGACCAGCUAAGCUACCCGGACAGCGGUUCCGCUUCGUCCUCCAAGUCUUCCUCUCCGACAACCUCAGGCGUUUCCUCCCCGACUAGCUCCCCGGGACAGAAGCAGCAAAAGGUGGUUCCGCAACGAAAUGGUGCUGCUUCUGCGAACGGUGGUGGUGGUGGUGGUGACGCUACUACCCCAUUGAGCAAUGGGCAUCGGCACGCACAAAAUGGGGCAGUUGGCAAGAAGAGCAGCUAUACUGCGACGACGAACGGGCAUCAUUCGAAUGGAGCAGCGGGAAGCCGCUCAUCGUCGCCGGGCGGUGAAGGAAAUGGGUCCAGCAAUGGCAAUGGCAAUCGGAAUGGUGGCGCUUCGGCUGUUCAGAUGCUGAUGAAGUACUCGCAUCGAGGAUACGGCGCCCCAGUGAAGAGCUGGAACGGUCAGCAGACGGCAAUGGACCGAGAGCUGGCCAAUGAUCGACGGGAGGAACGCAAGCGCCAGAUUGAAGACGAUCGAGAAACGGAAAUGGAUAGAGGACGCACGAAGAAGACCAAGGCAGGUACCGGCGGGCCCAAUAACAACAACAACAACAACAACAACAGUGGCAACAACGGCAACAACCCGUUCCAGCAGUACCAGAAUCACCAAACGGGCGGUGGCGGCAGCAAUGGCAAAUGGAUGGGUAACGGUGGCAACCGCAACCACUUCAACAAUCAUCACCAGAACAACUACCGCGGUGGUGGUGGCGGUGGUGGCUACUACCAGAAUGGAAAUGGCCAUCGGCAUCAUGGUGGUGGUGGAAAUAGUGGGUUUCGUACCGGUGGCAGACGGUUCGGUGGUCGCAAUGGUGGCGGAUUCCACUCAAAGGCUCAUCAUCACCAUCAGCGCAGUGAGUCGGGUAGCGGCAUGGCUGGUGGUGGUGGCGGUAGCAAUGGGUUUUAUCAUCGAUAAUAGAGCUCGGCCCAGGGGGAUGUAAGGAUCCGGGGAAAAGGGAUCUAGGAGAGAGAAAGAGUGAAUAAGAUCCAAUUACGUGUAUAUGGAAGUGCGAACGGAGUAGGCCGCGUUCCUCACUUGGCAUAGCAAUGGCAGGCGGAUGUUGCUGUGUGUCGAUCCAAAGGAUGUGUGAUGGAUGGGCAGCUUUCCUGAAGUCGUCAUUGUGGAUCGAAGUUGGCGACGAAAAGAGGACUAGAGAAAGCCAUUUCCAUUACAUGGUUAGCAGAGAACGUUUUUUUUUGAGUAGAUCUUACUAUUGUACUUGAAAAAUCACGAUCUAAACACGUGCGUGUGUCACAAGAUUAAUAAUGUGCAUUUUGUUUGUAGUACUGUUUUAUUACCGGGUCAGGUUUCGAGUGUCGUUAGUGUACUCCCGUCGUGCUACUGCCUCCCACGGGCGAUCAAAACCAACCCAUCCCUCCCUCCGUGUCUGACGUGUGAGCUCUUUCAAAAGUCUCGAUGGUUUUCCAAUAACCAUUUUUCUUGUUUGAAGUGCUUUUUUUCGUUCGUUACGUACAUUUUAGAAAGCACUCCCCCAAUCCCCUUCGUUGUUUGAAUAUGCAAUUUAGUGCGCCGGGAACGUUGUUAAUAAAGCAAGCAAACUGGAACGGAAAGUGUGGGACAGAAUUUAUGACACAGGGCUACCGAAAGCCCACCUGAGGCUGAGAAAAAGAAAAGCAAAACCAUGUAACAUGAAAUUGUACAUAGAAAAAAAAAACUACUUAUUUGCGCUAGGCAAACCAUUGGACGAAAUGAUGGCGGAAGUGAAAAAAAAAACCCGGCAAAAAUCGAAGCAGAACAUUAUACAAGGGAAUUGAAGUGAAUGUGUGUUGUUCGUCCGAUGGAAGCCAAUAAAGGUGGCGCGAAAUGCCGAGACGACGAAUAACGUAAAUUGGAUGAUAGAAAAAAAAGAAAAAGGCAAAUAGAUAAAACCGGCACUAUCAAGCAGUGGAUUGGCAUAAAGGAAAUCCUCCAAUAUCCCCUAAGCGCGUACGCUACGUUGGUUUGAUGGCGCUAGUUUUAUAGUCUGUGUACAUAGAAGCAUGCCUACUAGAUUUACACUCUAUCAAAUACAUAUAUUUGCAGCAAGGGCUAAGAGAAUGAAGAGAUGGAUGAAGUGGUGUAGUAGUAGUCCGUGCAAAGCGACAUUCGGUGGGUGACUUGUAAUAAGAAGAAUUCAAAGUAAAGACGCUGUAAAUUUGGUUGCUUAAGAAAUCCAUGGGACACAACAGUACUAUUGUUGCCCAAUAACGAAUUAGAAAAGCUGUAAAUUCAUUCAAUUACCUCCUUGUAAGAGAGUGAGGCAGAACAGGGAGGGAGCGUGUAGUGAUGAAAAGCAUUCAUACAAAGAGAAAAAGAGAGAGAGAGAGAGAGGUAUAAGAAAUCAAGCCAACCUCAAGCCGUAAUGCACCGCCGCACCUGAUAGAAGGGAUCUGUCAGAGGAGGAUGUGAGUCUUUUUACUAUCUUUAUAAUCUUCCGUCUCCGUAAGCUGCAGUUGAGCUUUAAAGGUGUGGUGUGUUCCGGACAUAAACGAUUUAGAUAUAUGUAUGGUAGAUACGCGAUUAACGAACAGACCAGAGAGUGACCUGCCGGGGGGAUGUGGUGUAGUCCCGAAGUUU